UUGGAUUACCAGCGCAUGUAUGGUACCCGCUGCAAUGGUUGUGGGGAGUUCGUGGAAGGAGAAGUUGUGACAGCUCUGGGAAAAACUUACCAUCCAAGCUGCUUUGCAUGUACUGUUUGCAAGCGUCCAUUUCCACCAGGCGAUCGAGUUACCUUUAAUGGAAGGGACUGUCUCUGUCAGAUGUGUGCUCAGCCAAUGUCCUCCAGUCCAAAAGAAUUGUCUGCCUCAAGCAAUUGUGCUGGCUGUGGAAGAGACAUAAAAAAUGGACAAGCAUUGCUAGCUCUGGAUAAGCAGUGGCACCUGGGGUGCUUUAAGUGCAAGGCCUGCGGGAAGGUCCUAACUGGGGAAUAUAUCAGCAAAGAUGGUGCUCCUUAUUGUGAAAAGGACUAUCAAGUUCUUUUUGGAGUCAAAUGUGAAGCAUGUCACCAGUUCAUUACUGGGAAAGUCCUAGAGGCAGGUGACAAGCAUUAUCAUCCAAGCUGUGCACGAUGCAGCAGAUGCAACCAAAUGUUCACAGAAGGAGAAGAAAUGUAUCUGCAAGGUUCCACUGUCUGGCAUCCCGACUGUAAGCAAUCCACUAAGACUGAAGAUAAGCUACGGGUAAGAAACUUAAGACAUUCCUCAUCUGAGUUCUUUUAUCCAAAGAGUCUGGUUCUGCGCAGGCCACGCUCUGCAGAGUUACUUUUUGUUUUUCAGCCUACAAGAACAUCAUCAGAAAGUAUUUAUUCCAGACCAGGUUCCAGUAUACCUGGCUCUCCAGGCCACACUAUCUAUGCAAAAGUAGACAAUGAGAUCCUUGAUUACAAGGAUUUAGCAGCCAUUCCCAAAGUCAAGGCCAUUUAUGACAUUGAACGUCCAGACCUAAUUACUUAUGAGCCAUUCUACACUUCCGCCUACGAGGACAGACAGGAGAGACAGAGUCUUGGAGAGUCUCCAAGGACUUUAUCACCUACCCCUUCUGCAGAAGGUUAUCAAGAUGUUCGGGAUCGCAUGAUUCACAGGUCUACUAGUCAGGGCUCCAUUAAUUCUCCAGUGUACAGUCGUCAUAGCUACACACCCACCAUGUCACGUUCCCCUCAGCAUUUCCACAGACCUGGCAAUGAGCCGUCCAGCGGUCGGAACUCCCCUGUCCCCUAUCGGCCCGACAGCCGCCCUCUCACUCCAACUUACGCUCAGGCCCCUAAACAUUUCCAUGUUCCAGAUCAAGGUGUCAACAUUUACAGAAAACCACCAAUCUACAAACAACAUGAUGCAGCUGCUUUGGCAGCACAGAGCAAGUCCUCCGAGGAUAUCAUCAAGUCCUCCAAGUUCCCAGCAGCUCAUGCACCAGCACCCAACGAGAUACCAAAGAUUGAGACGGACCACUGGCCAGGUCCUCCCUCCCUUGCAGCCAUAGGAGCUGACAUGAGACGCAGAUCAAGUGGAAGAGAGGAAGAUGAUGAGGAGUUACAGAGACGCCGGCAACUGCAGGAGGAGCAGCUCAUGAAGCUCAACUCUGGUCUGGGACAAUUGAUAUUGAAAGAAGAGAUGGAAAAGGAGAGUCGCGAUAGGUCAGCCCUUUCUGCCAGUCGUUACGAUUCUCCAGGUAAUUCAUCACAUGCUUCAGCCUCCAAAACCUCUUCUCUCCCUGGCUAUGGAAAAAAUGGACUUCACAGGCCGGUGUCUACAGAUUUUGGUCAGUACAACAGUUAUGGGGAUGUGAGUGGUGGUGUUAGAGAUUUCCAGUCCCUUCCGGAUGGUCAUGUCCCUGGAAUGAGAAUGGACAGAGGAGUAUCUAUGCCUAACAUGUUGGAGCCAAAGAUUUUUCCAUAUGAAAUACUCAUGGUGACCAACAGAGGGCGAAAUAAAAUACUAAAAGAUGUAGACAGAACCAGGCUUGAGCGUCACUUAGCACCUGAAGUUUUUCAAGAAAUAUUUGGCAUGACGAUACAGGAGUUUGACAAGUUACCUCUCUGGAGACGCAACGACAUGAAGAAAAAAGCAAAACUCUUUUAA